AUGUCGCAAGGCUAUGCUAUAGAGCUUUACUUCGAAACCGCCCUCGAAAACCAGGUCUUGAAGGCCUGGAACGUGCUCGCAAGCCGCAAAAUCAGCACGAAACUCAUCGAAAUCCAAUCCCGUCCACAUAUCACCCUCUUCUCCAGCCCCUCUAUCGAUCCUCCGAUGCUUGAAAACGUUCUCAAGAACCUUGCUUCGAAGCAGGAGUACUUGCCUCUAUCUUUCUCUUCAAUCGGAACUCUUCCCGAUGAAAACAACGUGUUUUUCCUCUCGCCGACGCCAUCGUUGUCGCUUCUCCAGUUCCAGGCGCAACUGUGCGAUGCAAUGCAGAAGGAAGGGAUCGAGAUUUCGGAUGAGUAUAGACAGAACUCUUGGAUUCCUUAUUGUGCGGUGGCUGAGGAAGUGCCGAGCACUCGGAUGGCCGAUGCAUAUAGCCUAGUGCGGAAGUUGAAGUUGCCGUUUUCUGGGUAUGCAGUGGACAUAGGCUUGGUGGAGUUUCCUCGGGUGCGCGAGGUUUUCUCCUUUGUGCUUGGCAAUUCGGAAGAGGCAUGA